CAUGGCGAGCUUGGCGGAUGUCAGUUGGAAACUGCUGGAAUUCAAAGCCCGAUCUAAGAGAUCAGAUUUGUGAUUUAGCCGAGCGAGAGAGAGAGAGCGUGGCCUUAAUUGCACCUUUUGAGAAUGGCUGCCAUAAACCGGUCUCCUCCCAAAGUUCAAAGACUGGGAUCCAUCUAUGAGCCUCUCAAGCUGUCCAUUCUCCAGCGAGAGGAUGAGCCCAUGUGGGAGAAACUGGACCGCUACUACAAUGCCGUCAAGACCACCAUCCUCAACUACCAGAGUCCCACCACCGGUCUGUUCCCCGUCAAGACCUGCUCCACCUGCAAGGAGGCCAGAGUGCGGGACUCCUUGUACUGUGCGGCGGGAGCAUGGGCGCUCGCCAUGGCCUACCGCCGCAUCGACGACGACAUGGGUCGCACGCACGAGUUGGAGCACUCGGCCAUCAAGUGCAUGAGAGGCAUCCUCUACUGCUACAUGAGGCAGGCCGACAAGGUGGAAGAGUUCAAACAGGACCCCAGCCCCUCCAAGUGUCUCCACUCCAUGUUCCACGUGGACACGGGCGAUGAGAUCCACGACUACAGCCAGUAUCAUCACCUGCAGAUCGAUGCCGUGUCUCUGUUCCUGCUCUACCUGGUGGAGAUGAUCUGCUCCGGCCUGCAGAUCAUCUACAACACUGAUGAGGUGGCCUUCAUCCAGAACCUGGUGUUCUGCGUGGAAAGAGCCUACAGGGUGCCGGACUACGGCAUGUGGGAGCGAGGCAGCAAGUACAACAACGGCAGCACGGAGCUGCAUUCAAGCUCUGUGGGUUUGGCCAAAGCUGCUCUGGAGGCCAUCAAUGGAUUCAACCUGUUUGGGAACCAGGGCUGCUCGUGGUCGGUGAUCUUCGUGGACCUGGACGCCCACAACAGGAACCGGCAAACGCUUUGCUCCCUGCUGCCCCGAGAGUCUCGCUCCCACAACACAGACGCCGCCUUGCUGCCGACCAUCAGCUACCCCGCCUUCGCCGUGGACGACGACGCCCUCUGCAGUCAGACGCUGGACAAGAUCGUCCGCAAGCUGCGGGGCAAGUACGGCUUCAAGCGCUUCAUCCGCGACGGGUACCGCACCACCAACGAAGACAAGGAGCGCCGCUACUACAAACCCGCAGAAAUGAAGCUUUUUGACGGCAUCGAGUGCGAGUUCCCCAUAUUUUUCAUCUUCAUGAUGAUUGACGGUGUGUUCAGAGGUAAUCGGGCUCAGGUGAAAGAGUACCAGGACCUCCUUGAACCCGUCAUCUUUCAGUCCUACGAAGGCCACGCCGUGGUUCCCAAGUAUUACUACGUGCCCGCCGACUUUGUGGAGGCGGAGCAAAGCCAGCACGGCAGCCAGAAGCGUUUCCCCAGCAACUCGGGACGCGACGGCAAGCUCUUCCUGUGGGGCCAAGCCCUCUUCAACAUCGCCAAACUGCUAGUGGACGAGCUGAUCAGCCCCAAAGACAUCGACCCCAUCCAUCGCUACGUGCCCGGCCAGGACCAACGCAACGUCAGCAUGAGAUACUCCAACCAGGGUCCCAUCGAGAACGACGUGGUGGUUCACGUGGCGCUGAUAGCUGAGAGCCAGAGACUGCAGGUGUUUCUGAAUACUUACGGCAUUCAGACUCAGACGCCGCAGCAGGUGGAGCCCAUUCAGAUCUGGCCUCAGAAGGAACUGGUGAAGGCGUACCGCUUCCUGGCGGUCAAUAAGAAGCUGGGCCUGAGUGGGCGUCCGGAUCGACCCGUGGGCUGCAUCGGCACCUCCAAGAUUUAUCGCAUCCUCGGGAAGACGGUGGUGUGCUACCCGAUCGUCUUUGAUCUGAGCGACUUCUACCUGUCCCAGGAUGUGAUGCUGCUGAUUGACGACAUCAAGAACGCCUUGCAGUUCAUCAAGCAGUGUUGGAAGAUGCCGGGCCGUCCGCUCUUCCUGGUCCUCAUCCACGAGGACAACAUCAAGGGAAGCCGCUUCAAUCCAGUCCUGGACAUGCUGGCUUCCUUCAAGAAGGGCAGCAUUGGAGGGGUCAAAGUUCACGUGGACAGACUCCAGACGUUGAUAUCGGGAGCCGUGGUGGAGCAGCUGGACUUCCUGCGGGUCAACGAGGCCGAGAUCCCGGAGUUCAGGAGCUUCGAGGAGCUGGAGAUGCCCAAACACUCCAAGGUGAAGCGUCAGACCAGCACGCCCAACGCCUCCGACCUGGAGCAGCAGCCCGAGAUCAGCGUGGACGAGUGGCUGCACAAGCCCACCGACGAGGUCCUCCAGAAGUUCCACGACUGCAACUGCUUAGCCAGCCAGGCUCAGCUUGCUGGGAUCCUGAUCCAGAGGGAAGGGCCACAAUUUCUGGAUAAAGAUGAGAGCCUGAUGGACGAGCUGGAGAGGAUCUACAGGAGAGCUGGCAGCAGGAAGCUUUGGUCUGUUGUCCGUCUUGCUGCCAGUCUGUUAAGUAAGCUAGUGGACAGCCUGGCCCCCAGUAUUACUAGUGUGUUAGUGCAUGGCAAGCAGGUGACCCUGGGCGUGUUCGGCCGCGAGGAGGAGGUGAUCUCCAACCCGCUGUCGCCCGGCGUCAUCCAGGGCAUCAUCUACAGCAAGUGCUGCCCACCAGGGGGCGAGCGCGAGGCGGUCCUGCAGCAGGAGCUGGUCAUCCACAUCGGAUGGAUCAUCUCCAACAACCCCGAGCUCUUCAGCGGCAUGCUCAAGAUCCGAGUCGGGUGGAUGGUGCAGGCCAUGAAGCAGGAGCUGAAGGUCCGGGCGGGGGACAUGUGCCCCCAGGACAUCUACCAGCUGUCCCCCAGCGACAUCAAGCAGCUCCUGCUGGACGUCCUGCAGCCUCAGCACACCCGCAGGUCCUGGCUCCACCGUCGCCAGAUCGACGGCUCCUUGAACCGAACCCCGCUGGGCUUUUAUGACCGGGUCUGGCAGAUCCUGGAGAGGACGCCCGGCGGGAUCCUGGUCGCCGGGACGCACCUUCCGCAGCAACCCACGCUGUCGGACAUGACCAUGUACGAGAUGAACUUCUCCCUGCUGGUGGAGGACACGCUGAAGAGCAUCGUCCUGCCCGAGUACAGACAGGUGGUCGUGGAGCUGCUGAUGGUGGUCUCCAUCGUGCUGGAGAGGAACCCCGAGCUGGAGUUCAGCAGCGAGGUGGACCUGGACUCUCUGGUGAAGGACGCCAUGGCCGACUUCCAGAAGGACGACCUUGAGAAGCGGGUAAGACCGAGUCUCCCUCCCUCGUCUUCCUGGUCCACACUAAAAACCACGUCCGCUCCUCUGCAGGACGUCACGCAGGCCUUCUUCAACACGGCCCCUGUGGGCCAGAGGAGCACCUCCAGCUACCUGACCAAGGCCGUCCUGGUCCAGCUGCUGCGAGGCGACGUCAAGCCCUGCAAGGACGACCCCUGCUCUGUUAGCUAA